CGCUGAGGUGUCUUCCCAUUCCCGUCGCCCCGUGUCUGUUUUGUCGGCUCUGGGUGCCCGUCCCGCCACAGCUCAGACAGACCUGGAUGGCAGCCUAGUGUAAGAAGAGAAGACUGCACUUGGAUAGGGAAAGAAGGAAGCUUGCAAGCAUCCAGCUACCCAGCACGCGUCGCACCCCUCUCAGUCCCGUCUGUCCCUACUACUACCUCUAGUUGGACCAAGUGUCAGAGGCAGAGGCUACACCCCCGCAGUCAAUAAAACUCGUUGUCGCCCACUCAGCCACAUUCCUCCAUUACAUUUAUUUUUUUAUUUUUUUAUAUCUUUUUUCAUUCUUUUCUGUAGCCUUGCUACUUCCCUCCGUCGGCUUCUGCUGGGCAUCACCCAUCGCGACGAAACACCACAGUCCCGUCGGCUUCAAGCAGACACUGACAACAAGCGCUUACUGGAACAUCAGACGAGACGGCCCUGACUCCAUCCCAUAUUCCCGACGCUUCAGUCCCCACCUCACCCUUGCUGUUCUGUCCUGCACCAUUGGUUAUCGCUCUAGGAUCACCCCCGCUCUUAGCGACUGAAUAUCCUCACUGCGGCCCGCCUCCGCCUUGCGGCUCAGUUGCCUUGGUUCGUAUUCUCAAGUGGCCCUAAAUAUCGUCUCGCGAGCUGUUGCUCGUUUCCAAUGAGUUCGACCCGUUCAAAAAUCGCGUCUGUGGAAGACGCCGACGACGACGGAAAUAUUAUCCAAGGAACCUCCCGCUACGCUGCCUCUGUUGGCUCCAAAGAAAACUCGAGCUCCGGUCGCGCACGAAAAGAGCACAAGAAGUCAGACUCUUCACCCAUAGUCACAAACAGCCAGCCCGACUCCGACUCGACUCAAAAUCCCCGCAGAAGCGAAUCCUCAAAGACAGCACGAAGAGAGCGCGAAAAGUCGACAUCUGGGACCAAAAGAUCCAGCAUGUCGUCCUCACGCCCCGUUCCACGACAUGCUAACACCACCGGCAAUCUUCACCGGCGGGGAGAUUACGACAGGAACGGAAGGGAGAUCGAGGCCUCAUAUUACGGUGUGAGCCCUACUAUGACAACCUCCUCCUCUCGACCGCCUCGUCCUCAGACCUCCACUCCCCGGCCCGUUAGUUAUUACGGGACAGGCCCGACACGACCACCUCCACCUUCUGCUCGCUAUAUUACCUCUGGGCCUCCGCCUCCUCCGCAAUUUAUGCCUCCAUCCUAUCCAGCUACUCCGGCAACAUGGGCUGGACCAGGGCCCAUGCAGCCAUUCCCCAUUCCGACGCCGGGCUCGUUGAGCCGACAGGCUACAGACUACUUUUCUGCACAACCCGUUGAUGCACGCUUAGAUGCCCAACUCGCUGCUCUUAGCCUCGGAACUAGCCCGAAUCGCCCCCGAACCGCCCUAGCUUAUCGUACCUCCCGCGCUCUUGAAUACGGGGAGGCAGAUUUCGACGAAGAGAACGAGAGAUCGAUGCCGCGGCCUUCUCUUUCGCACAGAAAGUUGUCGAGGGACGAGGAUGCGCGAAGAAUGCCCCCUCCAGUCAGGUCGUCUACUGCUCACCCGUCAGGCAACCCACAUAGGCCACCGCCAGCACCCUCAACACCAGGCAGACGAGCUUCACGAUAUGCCGACGAAGACCAGUCGGGCGAUGCGUUAUUUGCCCUUUCGCCAACUCCUUACGAGUAUCAAACCCCUGCUCCCGCUGCAAGCCGAGCGCGGUCCAAGUCAAGACCGAGGCACCAGCGGCGACCCAGUGUCAGUGCAGGAACAUACGAAGACCAGGAGUCCAGGAUGGAAAUAGCCAGUCGGCAUAAUCGGCGACACUCGUAUUAUGGAGCAGCACUACAACCAACUACUGCUUCUGGAAGCGGUUACGAAGAAAAGAUUCGUCAAGCUGCCAAGUACCAGACCGAGACACUUGGUGGUGAUCCGAUGCCGCUCACGGCCGAAACUCUCCGCAGAGCCCAAAGAAACGGCGGUAGCAGUCGUUCCACCAAGAGCUCGGAAGAAAGCCGUGAUGAGAGCGAUUACAGGCACUCGGCAACAACACGAACCACGCGGUCAAGCGCCAAUCCACAUGAAGAUGUCACCAUUCGGGUGAUGAAGGGCAAGGGUGCCGUACUUGAAGUCAAUGGUGCAAAGCUGAAAUGCGCUGGCGGUGCCGAAAUCAACAUCUCAAGGAACGCCAUCACAUCCGGGCGAAAUGGAAAUGAGAAGGCGUACUACGAUUACGAGGAGGAAUAUGAUGAGCGCCAGCCUCGGUAUAUCGAAGAUGGACGCCACCAGCACUAUGAAGAACGUCAUUCUCGGGCUGAGCGAUCUCAGACCAGAGCUCGCGCGGCCUCGCGGGCGAGGUCACGCCCAAGAUCAAUGCAUUAUGCUGGUCGCGAUAUUGACGGUACCGAUUACGACUAUAUCCCGGCCUAUCCCGAAUACCCAUCGGAUCCUCCGACGUUUCGCUACUGAGCGGUCACUGGGCCAUGCACGAAGAUUUACGACUGAUUAUUUUUUUUUCUUUUCCAUGUUUUGGUUCUGAUGAUUACGAGAUCAUGAGACGACGAAAUGACAAUGAUAAAGACACAGAAGAACGAGCAAGAACCGAGUUUGUAUCAUGUUCUUUACGGCCCUUAUGUUUAGCGUUGAUGAUGUCUUCCUUCCUUUUCUUCGAUUCUUCAUAAUAUCUUCUUUAGCUACUCCUCACUUGGAUUUUGUACGAUUUUCUUCUUGGUUGGCACUGUUAGUCUUGCUGCAAGUCACUGUCUGAUGGACCCGGGAAAAGUUUUGGAGAGACGAUACCCCAUAUCUGGCAUGGCACAAAAAAAAUCAUUUAAGCACGACAUGAUCGAUGGCUCAUUCUGUGAUUGCUGCUUUCUACUUGUUGAUCAAGAUCUUAAUUACUUCUGUUUCGUUAAGGAAAAGUGGUGGUAGUGGUGACAGAGUUCAAUAUACAUUACAAACCCGAAGCAGAUGAACAGUUGGCAUGAAACCCGGACAGUAGAUGGUCGGCUAGAAAUACUUAUCUACACUCUCUUUUACAUUCUCUUAGCAAUAUCACUUGCUUCAUCUUGAAUCGUAUCGAUGUACUAGGGCCCUUCUCUGUCGACCGAGCGAGGUAUGGCGCCGCGGCGAAGCGUUUCUAUGGUCGCAAC